CUACAGGCUGCGUUGCAGAAAUCGCGAGGCGGUUUUGUAGACAAGCGUCAAUUUGCAGUCAAUGAACUGCCAGAGUUUGAACAACUGCGCGAGCGCGCAGUUGCAAUCAAAAAUCAUGUGUUGGUUCGUUUGGAUGAGUAUUUGGAGCAGUUUGAACAAAGCGUAUCCGCGGCGGGCGGCCAGGUUCACUGGGCCAGCACUCCCGAACAAGGUGUGGAAAUCAUCACUGAGUUAUGCCGUCGGGCAAACGCCAAGUGCGUUACCAAAGGCAAGUCCAUGAUCGGUGAGGAAAUGAGCUUGAAUGACGCGCUGGAAAGCGAAGGAAUUGAAGUCGUUGAAACUGAUCUCGGUGAAUAUAUCAUUCAACUCGCCAAAGAAUAUCCAAGCCACAUCAUUGCUCCUGCGAUUCAUAAAACCCGAACUCAGAUUACUGAACUGUUUCACGAACAUCAUGCAAAAUACGGGUUGACCGAGCGCGUCGAAGAAGUGGCGACAAUCGUGAAUGAAGCGAGAACAGUGCUGCGCGAGCAGUUUGUUAAGGCUGAUGUCGGAAUUACGGGCGCGAAUUUUCUACUUGCGGAAUCCGGCUCCUCAGUGUUGGUGACCAAUGAAGGCAACGGCGAUUUGACGAGUUCCCUGCCUCGAGUACAUAUCGUUACAGCUUCUAUAGAAAAAGUCCUGCCUUCAUACGACGAUUUGUCUGUGUUUCUUCGCAUUCUCGCAAGAAGUGCCACUGGUCAGGAAAUGUCAUCCUAUACCAGCAUCUACAGUGGACCUGCACAUUCAAAUGAUAUGGACGGGCCGAGUGAAUAUCACGUUGUACUGCUGGAUAAUGGUCGCUCGAAAAUGCUGCAGGGAGAAUUUUGGGAAAUGCUACGCUGCAUUCGCUGUGGAGCCUGCAUGAAUCACUGUCCGGUGUAUCAGUCCAUUGGCGGACAUGCUUACGGUUGGGUUUAUCCGGGUCCGAUGGGAUCAGUCUGGACGCCUUUGCUGGUCGGAUUGCAGAAUGCUGCAAACCUGCCGAACGCAUGUACGUUGAACGGCCGUUGUGAAGAAGUUUGUCCGGUGAAGAUUCCUCUGCCGAAAUUGUUGCGUACACUGAGGACACAGAUAUUCGAGCGUGGAAUGAUCGACUGGAAAUCUCGUAUCGGGCUUGCAAUGUGGGGUUGGAUGGCGCGAAAUCCGCUGCUGUUUCGGUGUUGGGUGAACCUGGGGUCGAUCUUCUUGAGCAAACUGGGGAGCAAGAAAGGCUCCUUCCAUCAUCUUCCUUUUGCUGGCGGCUGGACUGAGGAAAGGGAUUUUCCUGCACCAUCUGGCCGAAGCUUCGUCUCUCAAUGGCAUUCAGGCAAAGAUCACUAG